AUGCAUUAUCCAAACAGCAGACCCGAAUUCGCCGGAGCUCAAUUACCGGAGCGAAAUUCGACCCGGACCCGGUACCCAUAUCAGCAGGAGCAGUUGUCGCCGGAGCAAGAACUCUCGGUAAUAGUCUCCGCCUUGCAGCACGUCAUCUCAGGGGAAAACGAGACAGCGCCGUUUCAGAGUUUCUCCGGAGACAGCACAGUGAUAAGCGCGGGAAUGCCUCGGUCGGAUUCCGACACUUGCCAAGUGUGCAGGAUCGAAGGAUGUCUGGGCUGCAACUACUUUUUCGCGCCAAAUCAGAAUAUACAACAAGGAGUUGUAGAAGAAGAAGAAAGGACGACAACAAGUAGUGGUACUAGUAGUAGAAGAGAGAGCUCUGUGACGACGACGACGAAGAAAGCGGAAGGCGGGAAAAUAAGGAAGAGGAAGAACAAGAAGAACGGAUACAGAGGAGUGAGGCAGAGACCUUGGGGGAAAUUCGCAGCUGAGAUCAGAGAUCCCAAGAGAGCGACACGUGUCUGGCUCGGCACUUUCGAAACCGCUGAAGAUGCGGCUCGAGCGUACGACCGAGCCGCCAUUGGGUUCCGUGGGCCACGGGCUAAGCUCAACUUCCCUUUUGUGGACUACACUUCGUCUCCUGUUGCAGCUGAUGAGAUUGGAGUGAAUGCAAGUGUGAGCGCGAGCGUGAGCGCCACGGAUUCUGUAGAGGCAGAGCAAGAGCAAUGGCGUGGAGGAGAAGGAGGAGGAGAAUGUGAUAUGGAUGAGUAUUUGAAGAUGAUGAUGAUGAUGGAUUUUGGGAAUGGAGAUUCUUCGGAUUCAGGAAACACUAUUGCUGAUAUGUUCCAGUGA